GAGCUGCUGCCGCCGCCGGGCGGACGGGCGGACGCUCGGAGCUGGGGGCGGCGCGGCGGUGCCGGCGGGGCGCGGCGGGGCUGACUGGCCCCGAUGAGGCGGAAGGAGAAGCGGCUCCUGCAGGCUGUGGCUCUGGUGCUGGCGGCCCUGGUCCUCCUUCCCAACGUGGGGCUCUGGGCGCUGUACCGCGAGCGGCAGCCCGACGGCACCCCCGGGGGAUCGGGGGCGGCGGUGGCCCCGGCGGCAGGACAGGGCUCACACAAUCGGCAAAAGAAGACGCUUUUCUUUGGAGAUGGGCAGAAGCUGAAGGACUGGCAUGACAAGGAGGCCAUCUGGAAGGAUGCUCAGCGCGUAGGAAAUGGAGAACAAGGGAGGCCUUACCCCAUGAGUGAUGCUGAGCGAGUGGAUCAGGCAUACCGAGAAAAUGGAUUUAACAUCUACGUCAGUGAUAAAAUCUCCCUGAAUCGUUCUCUCCCUGACAUCCGGCACCCAAACUGCAACAGCAAACGCUACCUGGAGACGCUCCCCAACACCAGCAUCAUCAUCCCCUUUCACAACGAGGGCUGGUCCUCCCUCCUGCGCACCGUCCACAGUGUGCUGAACCGCUCUCCCCCGGAGCUGGUCGCCGAGAUUGUGCUGGUCGACGACUUCAGUGACCGAGAGCACCUGAAGAAGCCCCUUGAAGCCUACAUGGCCCUUUUCCCCAGCGUGAGGAUUCUCCGAACCAAGAAACGGGAAGGGCUGAUCAGGACUCGAAUGCUGGGGGCCUCAGUGGCCACUGGGGAUGUCAUCACAUUCUUGGAUUCACACUGUGAAGCCAAUGUCAACUGGCUUCCACCCUUGCUUGACCGCAUCGCUCGGAACCGCAAGACCAUAGUGUGCCCCAUGAUCGACGUGAUUGACCACGAUGACUUUCGGUACGAGACACAGGCGGGGGAUGCCAUGCGGGGCGCCUUUGACUGGGAGAUGUACUACAAGCGGAUCCCGAUCCCACCAGAACUGCAGAAAGCAGACCCCAGUGACCCAUUUGAGUCUCCUGUGAUGGCCGGUGGACUGUUCGCUGUAGAUCGGAAGUGGUUCUGGGAGCUGGGCGGGUACGACCCAGGCUUGGAGAUCUGGGGAGGGGAGCAGUAUGAAAUCUCGUUCAAGGUGUGGAUGUGCGGGGGCCGCAUGGAGGACAUCCCCUGCUCUAGGGUGGGCCAUAUCUACAGGAAGUAUGUGCCCUACAAGGUCCCUGCUGGAGUCAGCCUGGCCCGGAACCUUAAGCGAGUGGCGGAGGUGUGGAUGGAUGAAUAUGCUGAGUACAUUUACCAGCGCCGACCCGAGUACCGCCACCUCUCUGCUGGGGACGUCGCAGCCCAGAAAAGGCUCCGCACCUCCCUUAAUUGCAAGAGUUUCAAAUGGUUUAUGACCAAGAUUGCCUGGGACCUGCCCAAGUUCUACCCACCCGUGGAACCUCCAGCAGCAGCUUGGGGGGAGAUCCGCAAUGUGGGCACAGGACUGUGUGCAGACACGAAGCACGGGGCCCUGGGCUCCCCUCUGAGGCUGGAGAGCUGCGUCCGGGGUCGCGGGGAGGCUGCCUGGAACAACAUGCAGGUAUUCACCUUCACCUGGAGAGAAGACAUCAGGCCUGGAGACCCCCAGCACACCAAGAAGUUCUGCUUUGAUGCCAUCUCCCACACCAGCCCAGUCACCCUCUAUGACUGCCACAGCAUGAAGGGCAACCAGCUAUGGAAAUACCGCAAAGACAAGACCCUGUACCACCCCGUCAGUGGCAGCUGCAUGGACUGCAGUGAAAGUGACCACAGGAUCUUCAUGAACGCCUGCAACCCUUCUUCUCUCACCCAGCAGUGGCUAUUUGAACACACCAACUCAACAGUCUUGGAAAAAUUUAAUAGAAACUGAGCCCUCAUGUCCCCUUGGCAGGCCCAUUGGGUCCCCUCUGGCACUCCUUCUGGGAGGCGAGGCCUCUGUGGGCAGCAUGUGUACAAAGUGCCCCCCACACGGUUCAGGGUGAGCUGGAGGAAGGGGUCUGCCUGUUCCUUCAGCCCUUGAGUCAUGGGGUGCUGUGGAAAGCAGAGCCUACAGAGAGUGGAUCCCUACUGGCAUCACGGAAAAUUGGCAGGGCCUUUCCAACUUUAUCAUAAUGUCCCCCUGAGCAUUACGCAGGAGAAUAGCAGGGCGGUGCUAGGCCACCCAAACGUGGUCCUGCGAGGUUGUGCAGCCCUCCAGUGGCUCUCCAACGUGACGGUGCUUCAGAAGAAAGGCAGAAUGUGCCUGUGUGGGCAGCUUUUAGCACCGCUGCCGCCCAUCUGCAGCAGAAGAGAAAGAAGUCCUGUCAGGGCCUUUAGUUUCUGCUGUCUUGGGGGUGACUCCAAUUACUGCCCAGCUUCUGUCCUCUGUCACAGCCCCAGAUGAUCCAGUCAAAGGCCAUACCCAGGACCCUCAGAGCGUUCAGUACCUAAGGCAGCAUUUUGAAAUGCCCGUUUAAACGCACUCCAGGCACAAGGAUGGCCCAGACACCAGCUUUUAAGGGCUGUGUUUCGGAUGCCCUUGAGUCCAUGGAAAAGUCCGAGUAGAAGACCUCCAAACUAGAAAUGCUGGCUGAACAUCCCCAUCCAUGCUUCCAUUUCCCUCUCUUGCUCCAAGCAGUUACCUGCCUCGAGAAGAAGAGAGGGGCUACCAGGUGCUUGCCUUACACAUCUGGAGGCCUCCAGGAUCAACUGUGGGCAAGAUGCCUCGCCUCUGACCUCACCGUGGUUCUAGUUCUCACACAGAACUCCAGAAUUCUUGAAUGACUCUGUAAUUUGAUUGCAAACGAGAAUGGUACAUAGGAUUCUGGUGUUCCAGCAUCCAAUAUGGAUUUCUAGAAUGCUGUGAUUAAAGCAGCUAGACAGGUGUGAUAUAGUCCAGGCAGCCCCCCAGCCUAGAGACAAUCUGUGAACUCCAAAGUGGGUGGUGGUGUUAAGGGUGCAGGGAACAGGGGGGACCUGUGUCCAUCAGUUCAUACCAGAGGCUUUGGUACAGUGUGGUUCUCAGCAAAGACCUGAAGCUGGAGAACCUUCCACCAUCAUCACAGCUGUAGUCUUAUUUACAAUAGUGAAAAGAACCUGAUGCACCAUGGCCAGGCGCACACCCAGUUCCAUGCCAGCCCUUCAUGUUUACCUUUUGCUUUGUUAAUUACCUGUCAGGCUCCCAGAGGGCUUCCAGACUAAUAGGAAGCAUUUCUUUAACCAACCCACCACCCACUGAUUCAGAAAUAGAAAUCACAUUCCACAACCUAAGGUUUCUACCAGCUAGCCUAGGAAAUACUUGAAAUUAGCAUUCCAAUUAGAAUUGGGUCUUUUGAUUGUGUCAUUUACCAAUUAAAUAACUGAGACAUAAGUCUGGGAAGAGAGCCACGAAUCUGCCUUUGAGAUGCUGGCUGAUCUCAAGGCCAUCAAUUAUAGGAGGGAGAAGGGAAGGAUGAACACGCCCAACCAUUACCACCCAGGGCGACCCUGUGCAGCUGGCAAAGGAUUACUUCAGCUCCUGGCCCAGCACAAGCCCUGCUCUGGCCACCUGGCCACAAGAGAGGCAGCCCCCCUGCUUGCAUAGCUUGCGUGUUAAUCCCUGUUGUCCAUUUCCAAACAAGUGCUAUAUCUUUAGAAGUGGCCCUCUGUAGAAAGGAGUCAAAAGACGAGGCCCCUUCUAGAAUCUAUAACAAGAGUGUUGCUAGUUUGGGGAGUUGAAAUUGAGAUCCGUUAUUAGAGAGCAAUGCAGCAUCAUUUAAAUAAAAACUGUGCCUUUUAAAAAGAAAAA